UGACGUCAGCGCGCUUCCGCGUGCGGCCGCCGAGCGGAAGAAGCACCGUGCCGGGAGCGGAGCAGCGCGGGACGCGGGGACGGCCCCGCCACCGCCCGGGAAACGGAAGAAAAUGAGCCUGAAAUCUGAGCGCAGAGGAAUUCACGUUGAUCAGUCAGAGCUCCUGUGCAAGAAGGGAUGUGGUUACUAUGGCAAUCCUGCUUGGCAGGGCUUCUGCUCCAAGUGCUGGAGAGAGGAAUACCAUAAGGCCAGGCAGAAACAGAUCCAAGAGGAUUGGGAGCUGGCAGAGCGGCUGCAGCGUGAGGAGGAAGAAGCAUAUGCCAGCAGUCAGAGUACCCAAGGGGCGCAGUCACUGACCUUCUCAAAGUUUGAGGAGAAGAAAACCAAUGAGAAAACACGAAAGGUCACAACUGUGAAGAAGUUCUUCACUGCUUCCUCCAGAACAGGAGCUAAGAAGGUGGCUCAAGAGAAAGUCGUUAAGCAAGGACAGCUUGGGAGGGAGCGAAAUGCUGAUAACAUUCUAAGGGAUUUGAAGGAGAUUUUUACUCCCUCCUGGGAACUGGCUUCCCCUACUGAAGCAGAGAUCCAAGAAGCCAAAGCUCCCAGCCCUUCUAUAAACAGGCAGGCUAGCAUCGAGACAGACCGAGUAUCCAAGGAAUUCAUAGAAUUUCUCAAGACCUACCAUAAACCAGGACAAGAUAUCUAUAAGCAAUGUAAAUUAUUUUUAGACACAAUGAAUCAUAAAAGGGACUUAAGUAUUGAGGAACAAUCUGAGUGUGCCCAGGACUUCUAUCAAAAUGUAGCAGAGAAAUUGCAGACACGCUGGAAAGUGCCACCUGAGAAAGUUGAGAAAGCAAUGGAUCAGAUUGAAAAAUACAUUAUGACUCGACAGUAUAAAUACGUCUUUUGUCCUGAAACAACUGAUGAUGAGAAGAAGGAUCUCGCUGUCCAGAAGAGGAUCAGGGCUUUGCACUGGGUAACUCCACAAAUGCUGUGUGUUCCCGUCAAUGAAGAGAUUCCAGAAGUCUCUGAUAUGGUUGUAAAAGCAAUUACAGAUAUUAUUGAGAUGGAUUCAAAGCGUGUUCCUCGUGAUAAGUUGGCAUGCAUCACCAAGUGCAGCAAGCACAUCUUUAAUGCUAUAAAGAUAACCAAAAACGAACCAGCUUCUGCUGAUGACUUUCUUCCAACGCUUAUAUACAUUGUUUUGAAGGGAAACCCACCCCGUCUGCAGUCCAACAUCCAGUAUAUAACACGCUUUUGUAAUCCAAGCAGGUUAAUGACAGGAGAAGAUGGCUACUAUUUUACCAACUUGUGCUGCGCUGUGGCCUUCAUUGAAAAACUGGAUGCUCAGUCUUUAAAUUUAAGCCAAGAGGAUUUUGAUCGUUUUAUGACUGGUCAGACAUCCCCGAAGAAGCAAGAAUCUGACAGCUGGUCACCCGAUGUGUGCCUGGGUGUUAAGCAGAUGUAUAAAAACUUAGAUCUCCUGUCUCAGUUGAAUGAGAGACAGGAUAGAAUUGUCAGUGAAGCCAAGAAGCUUGAGAAAGACCUAAUAGAUUGGACUGAUGGAGUUGCAAAGGAAGUCCAAGAUAUUGUUGAGAAAUACCCAUUAGAAAUAAAACCAAAAAAUCAAGCCUUAGCAGCUAUUGACUCUGAAAAUGUGGAGAAUGACAAGCUGCCCCCACCACUGCAGCCUCAGGUUUAUGCAGGAUAAUAAUAGGUGUUAAAUUUGAAGAGCAUCAUUGUUCUCGCCUAGCACUAUCUGCUUCUUGGGAAGGGAAGUAAAUUCAAGGCUAAAAAUCGGAUGAGCUUAAAUCGAUACAUUUUUAAAGGUGCAUUUUUUGGUUAAGUGUAAUAAACUGUAUUUAUUUUAGUCAAUUAGAUUUCUAUUAGGCUUUUGUGAGUUUUUGAACUGAACUUUAAAUUUUCUACACAAAUCAGUGUAAUUUUUAAGCAACACUAGUUCACUGACAUCUUUCCUGCAAGCUUCCUCAUAGGCAUGCACUUAAACGUUUUUAAUUAUUAAGUUUAACAUAAAGAUUUCAAGUUCCAGCUGAAACUUGAACGCUACCGAUGUUAGUUUGGUUUAUUCUGUAGCUGUAAAGAUGAAAUGUAUCUUGUAAAAUAUGUACAAUUGUAAAUAGAUUUCAAAUCUAAUGUCUGAGCUGUGCAUGACAUCUUGUGUAUUAGUGGAAAUGAGAUGGGUGUGUUCAUAUUAGCACCUUUUGGUUGAAUUGCAUUGCAGUCUACAGCCAAGUACACUGUUGGUCUUUCAAUAAGCUAAAUGGUGUAACUGGUGAAUUAGAGAGGGUGUUCUUGUACAUGAAGACAUCUUCAUGUCAGCUUCCUGGUUUUUGGUGGUUUUGUUUUAAUUUUUUUUUCAAGUGCCAUCUAAAGUAUGACAUUUCUUCAUGUAAUGUCAGCAUUCUCUCUGAUGUGUCCAGUACACGUGAGAGCUUUACUGGUAGCACUUGUGAAGAGAAUGAUGAGCCAGGCUUCAUACGUAUGAGGGAAGACUUUUAAUAAAACCUGCGUAAUUUAGAACAAAAGUGGGGAGAGAAAGAGAGAAUGCAAGAAUUAUGCCCAAAGUGGCUUUCUUUUCUGGCACUGCCUGGCAAUUUCCUUCAAAUUCCACCAUUGCACUGGGUCUUGAUUGCUUUUCUGACAAUCCUGGUUGAUAAAUGAGAUCAUAUAAUUAGCAGUUGCUUUUUAGCAGAAGGAUGAGCCGUGGCUCCGAGCAGAAAAGUGCACUUUAUUUUCACAAACCAUCACUCUUCUGAUCUCCAGUGACCCUAAAAUUACCUUGCUAAGCUGUUGAGCAUCAAGAUAAAUAUGGCAUUAUGUCACUACAAGUUCAGAUCAGUGAAUUGCAAAUUAAGAACAGUUCACCAAAAAAGUAACCUCUCGCAAUGGAACUUUUUAAUGCUAGAGAAACAUUUUAUAUAUCAUUUUAAAUCUCUCAGUUCAUCCAGUCUGCCGCGACCUGUCAGCGUACCGAGAUAUCUAACAUAGAGCUGCUUAGCUUGAACUACCCUAAAGCAACAUUAAAUUCUUAGCAAGGAGGAGGAGCGUACCUACCUCUGUAUGUUCCACUGCUCUGCAAACACGUAUUUUAGAUUUGCACUGCAAUAACUUCAGACCAAAACUGUGGUUUGUUCCUUUUUGUCACGUGUCCUCAGCCGUACGAACUGUGCAUUCCUCUGGGAGAGAACCAGUUACUCAGAAUUCCCCUGGUAAGGUGAAGCAAUGAGCUAACCAGACAUUCACAGAAGUUGGAUUAUUUCAUACAUCCAUGUUGUCCACGUUGCCUAGGAUCUGACCAGUGCUUACGGUAAAUAAUAGUGCAAAGCCUUUAUUGGGUUUAUGAGCAUUAGGUGCUAAUUUUGAUAUCUGGGUACGCAGGCUUUCCGGGGGGUGGAAAUUAGCUGUUGUGUAAAUUGCUAUGUUUGAAUAAAACUGUGUACGUUA